CUUCAACCUGCAUUGCACACACUCCAUCGAGCUCAUCUCCCAGUACCAUAGAUCUGCUUCUUCUCGAUAGACCGGACUAUCUACCAGAAGUCUUGGAUUAUCAUCUUGAUACCACGAGUGUGGAUACUUGUGAUUUCUGACAUUGGUCUCGACGAGUUCCCUUUGCGAACACCGUAAACAAACCUCGAUUCCUCGCCAACGAUCCCACACGGCCCCUGUAGCUGCCCAUCCGAACCAAUCUCUUCAUCCUUUCGAACCUACGCUGCAAAAGAGCAUCCGCCGAUAACUAUAUACCUCUUGAAGGCCAGCUCCUUGUUCGACGCAUCUUCCCUCCAUUCGCGCAAUCUGUUAUCCGGUCCCAAUGGCCACUCCCGAAGUGACAACGACCGCUGCUCCCAACAGCACCGCUUUGCAAGGGGAGGUUUCUAGUGUUGUUCCAGACAACACAGAGACGAAGCCUGCAGCAGAGGCUCCCGCGGAGGCUGCCGCAGAGCCUUCUGCCCCGACUGAGACUACCCCAGCUACUGCGGAAACUCCAGUCGUCGCCGAGAAAGCUGGUGAUGUCGAUGUCCCCGUCGAGAAGAAACUCACCCCAAUCGAGGAGCUUUGGGCCCUUGCAAAGGCGCACGACCAUCCUGAGAUUUGGGGUGUCACACUCGAAGACCCGGCAACCCACAUCCCGACUCAGGUGAUCUUGCAAAAGUAUCUGAAUGCCUAUGAUGGAGACCUCACCAAAUCCAAGGACACCCUCACCAAGACCCUGGACUGGCGGGCCAAGAUGAAGCCAGUGGAAUUGGUCAAGAAGAAAUUCAACCGGAACAAAUUCGCUGGGUUGGGAUACACCACCGUCUACGGUGACGCUGAUCCGGCGGCCGACCCUGAGAGCAGGGAGGUGUUUACUUGGAAUAUCUACGGGAGUGUCAAGAAGCUGGACGAGACGUUCGGAAAUCUGCCAGAAUUCAUUGAAUGGCGAGUCGCCCUGAUGGAGGAUGCACUGCAAGCCCUUGGAAUCGACAAGGCCACCAAGCCCAUUACUGCAACCUACGACCCAUACAAGAUCCUCCAAGUGCACGAUUACAAGUCGAUCAGUUUUCUCCGCCAGUCUCCUGUUGUGAAAGCUGCCAGCACCGAGACAAUCAAGGUCUUCGCGCAAAAUUACCCAGAGUUGCUCAAGGAGAAGUUCUUUGUGAAUGUUCCUGCGUUCAUGGGAUUCAUCUAUACAUUCAUGAAGCUCUUCGUGGCCGCAAAGACAAUCAAGAAGUUCCAUCCGAUGAGUAACGGCGCGAAUCUGGCGCGGGAGAUGGUUACGAGCAGCAAGGUGAAAGGACUCGGAGACAUGCUGCCGGCAGAAUAUGGUGGGAAGGGAGAAGAUCUCAGUACUACCGGACGACAGCCGGCACUCGAGGACGACGAGGCUGCAGCGCAGUGAGCCUUGCUGGGCAACAUUGAGAGGGUGGAGGGCGAGUCGAUCGUUGGAAGAUAAGGGGCACACCUGGCAUCCAAAAGCGUGGCAAGAGCAUUGACACUAAGGUAAUGUGGAGGAGGGGACGACACAGUGUGUGCAUGCAUUGGGCAUUCGUUUUGUUAUUGAAUAGAUUCAGCGAGCGGAUACCCCAGGUCUGUUUUGUUUUUGGUCCAUCAAUGGUUGCAGUCUGCAAGAAGAAAAAAAGACAAUCACACCGAUCAGACUUGCUAGCUUACAUACACCACUGGUUGACAUUAUUCCUUGAGACAGGAGCACUGAACCGAACGAAGUAUUGUUGAUAUUGCCUGA